CACUCUUUCUGUAAUGGUGUGAAAAAGGAAGCGCAUUUUUUCUAAGGGUCUUAAUAUAUACAUUAUUGUUGGGUGAAGUUUGAUUGGAAAAUGGGCAAGAGGAAGUCAAAAGCAAAGCCAGCACCAAAGAAGAGAAUGGACAAACUCGACACAGUCUUCAGUUGUCCUUUCUGCAAUCACGGAAGCAGUGUGGAAUGUCGCAUUGAUAUGAAGAACUUGAUUGGAGAGGCCAUUUGCAGGAUUUGCCAAGAAAGCUUUAGUACCACUGUAACAGCUCUGACCGAGCCUAUAGACAUAUAUAGCGAAUGGAUAGAUGAAUGUGCACGUGUCAAUAACCUCGAAGAUGAUGGAGACUAGGAGGAGGGUUAGAUAGCUCACAAGUCACAUCCAAAUAGGAGCCACCAUACCUCGCGGCUACCUCGAGGCUGAUGUAGUUAGAUGUUCCUACUGGAAUUUGUACAAGAUGUUGGAGCAAUACCUUGUGUAUAAAUGGAAAAUUUGCAAAGAACAUUCUUUUGAUUUGUGAACUAGAAAACAAUGAAAUUGUUGUGGUGUAGAAAGUUACAUUUUGCUUAUUAAAUUUUCUGAAUAGGUAAGCA